AGCGGCGAGUCAAUCUAGCGUAGUUCCGGAUGGAUUACGAACCGUCGGCUGGUCGCACCUCCCGGUUUACUUUGUGUAAGUGGGCUGCGUAUGAAACGAUGCUACGAAUGUCUUUCGCUGGUUGUAGCCAGAUGCAAAACAAUGACAAUUCCGGUGGCGUCGGAUCCGUCUUCCUGACGGGAGUGAGCUCGUACAAAUUUCCUGAUUUCGUUGCAGGGUUUGAUGCCCGUCUCGCGACUCUAGUGCAUCUCUGUGAGCCACACUCCCCCAGGACAGAAAUUUCAGCGUUCAACAACACGGACGUUGUGUAAUGCCUUGAGGCGACAAUCGGUUGCUUUUUGCCCUGACGACUUUCUGUACGUCCAUCUUUCAUCGCUUACGGGCAGGCCGAAAGAUGGAUUCGUUAGGAAACCAUUAUCUCACUGCCGCUUUGGACGACACCCGGACUGCGGGCCUUCCAUCGUGUACGAGCAGUUGUAGUCUCUCGGACAGCAUAACCGCGGGCUCUGAGCUGCCAACGAGCACGUCCGAUGCUUUCUUCCUCAAUGACGAAGGAGACACUGAAGAUUUUGUUGAGAACUUGAGACAAGGACAAUCUAACGUCCUUGUUGCUGUUCGCGUGAGGCCUCUUCAGCCAAAAGAAACCCAGGCAGGAUGUAGGCAAAUUGUCCGCGUCCUGGGAAGCAAAGUUGUGCUCCUGCUGGAUCCAGGUCCCAGUAAUCAGGAUGAUGUCCUCCGGUUGAAACGCAGUAGAGAGAAAAGGUACGCGUUCGACUACGCCUUUGACGAGCACACUGAUCAGCAGUGUGUGUAUGAAAGCACAACCAAAUUCCUUAUAGACGGGGUGCUGCAAGGAUACAAUGCAACAGCAUUCGCCUACGGAGCCACUGGGGCGGGGAAAACGUAUACAAUGUUAGGUUCCUACAAGCAGCCAGGUGUCAUGGUGUACACUUUGAAGGAGUUGUUCACCCGUAUCGAAAAACACGGCGAAAAUAAAGACUUCCUCGUCAAGUGCUCGUUCCUUGAAAUAUACAACGAGAAUGUCCGCGAUCUGUUGGAUAUUCGCAAUGAGACUUGUGAAGUCCGAGAAGAUCCCGGGAAAGGAAUAUCUAUAGCCGGCAUCAGCGAGACUGAGGUUCGGACUGCAGAAGAAAUUCUCAUCCUUCUUCAGACCGGCAACAAAAACAGAACUCAAGAGUCUACCGACGCCAACCAGACAAGUAGCCGCAGCCACGCAAUCCUUCAGGUGCUUGUGACUGAAACGGAUCGUGUGCAAGGGCCAACUGCCCAAUUUACCAUUGGGAAACUCUCUAUGGUGGAUCUGGCUGGAAGUGAACGCGCUUCGCAGACCAACAACUCCGGAAUACGUAUGGUUGAAGGUGCAAAUAUCAACCGCUCCCUUCUCGCACUGGGAAAUGUGAUAAACGCUCUCUCCGACAAAAGGCGAACUAACAGAAGUACUUUCGUUCCGUACCGCGAUAGCAAGCUCACCCGAUUACUGAAGGAUUCUCUGGGCGGAAGCUGUCGGACGGUGAUGAUCGCCAACAUAUCCCCGGCACAUACGCAAUUCGAGGAUACGCACAACACUCUUAAGUACGCAAAUCGAGCCAAAAACAUCAAGACAGCCGCCAAGAGGAACACUCUCAGCGUCAAAUACCACAUCGAGAAGUACACGCACAUCAUUGACGGACUCCAAGCCGAAGUCAGCACGCUAAGGGCGAAACUGGCUUCAGCCGCUACUUCGCCAUCAACGCAGGCCUUGACACUGAUGGAGACCGACAACUAUUUCCCGGCCAUUGUGGACGUAAGUGACACUGUCCACCCUGAACAAUCAAUCUGGGACCAUCGGAGGUAG